GGAGCAGGCUACAUUUGAAAAUAAAGUAGUAGUAGUCAAUUUUGGCCUGUAGGAUUUUGUUCAUGCAUAACUAAGUCAAAACUUCUCAUCCUAAUUUAAAAGAAUGGGUAAGAAAAUACCUCAUCUUUCCAAACCUCGUAGAAAAGGACAUGAAUGAUGUUUCUUUCAUUUUAAAAAUUAUGCCUUUCGGUAUAUUCUCCAACCAUGGGAACGAGAACAAUUACAUUUAACCUUAAAGUUUGAAUAACAACGAAGCAGUAUCUGCAAAGUAGGAUAUCCCAUGAAUUCAGAAAGACCUAUGCAAACAGAAACCCUCUCCAAAUUAUAACCAGCCUUUUCCAACUUUUCUCAAUGUCUGAUGCUGUAAGAUUCCUCCUCCUAUAUUUCCAUUUGUCCAUGAUUUCCUUGAACUUAGCUCAAGAAGUAGACCAAUUCAUCUACAAUGGCUUCCUUGGAGCCAACCUCCAACUUGAUGGAAUUGCAGAAAUCCAUCCCAAUGGGCUGUUGCAGCUAACCAACACCUCAAAGCAGAAAAUGGGUCAUGCCUUCUAUCAGUUUCCUCUGAAAUUCAAUCCAAAUUCAGCCAAUUCAUCUGAAUCUUUAUCAUUUUCCACUAUCUUUGUGUUUGCCAUGGUUCCUGAGCUGCAAAAUCUUAGUGGCCAUGGAAUAGCAUUCACCAUCUCACCAUCCUUGGAUUUCAGCCAUGCUGUUGCAAGUCAGUAUUUGGGACUCCUCAACACUUCAAACAAUGGUGUUUCUACCAACCACAUGUUGGCAGUUGAACUCGAUACCAUUCGCAGCCCAGAUUUUCAAGAUGCAGAUGCAAACCAUGUGGGAAUUGAUGUGAACAGCCUGAAUUCUAUUGAAUCAGCUUCAGCAACUUAUUUUUCCAACACAGAAGGGACAAAUAGAAGCUUGAAUCUUAUUAGUGGUGAUCCCAUAAAGGUUUGGAUAGACUAUGAUGAAACAGAAACAUUACUCAAUGUGACUCUAGCUCCAAUUAGUAGCCCAAAACCAAACCAACUGCUCUUGUCAACAACCACCAAUCUUUCUGAAAUUCUUCUGGAAUCCAUGUAUGUUGGUUUUUCUGCAGCAACUGGAACACUUGCAAGUAACCAUUACAUUCUAGGAUGGAGCUUCAACAAAUCUGGAAAAGCACAAGACCUUGAUAUUUCAAAGCUCCCCUCACUUCCACCCCUUGGGAAAGCUGAAAAGAAAUCGAAAGUGGUGAUUGUAGUGAUACUUGUAGCAGUAAUGGUUGUGCUUAUAACAAUCGUUGGAGGUACAUAUAUUAUAAGGAGGAAGAAAUAUGAAGAAAUACGUGAAGAUUGGGAAAGGGAAUAUGGUCCUCAAAGAUUCUCCUAUAAGAUUCUCUACACAGCAACCAAAGGCUUUAAAGACAAAGAGCUUCUUGGAGCAGGAGGCUUUGGAAAGGUUUAUAGAGGAAUACUCCCUUCUUCCAACCUACCAGUUGCAGUGAAGAAAGUCUCACAUGAUUCAAAACAAGGGAUGAAGGAAUUUGUAGCUGAGAUUGCCAGCAUUGGAAGGCUGAGGCACAGGAACCUGGUGCAGCUCCUUGGCUACUGCAGGAGACAGGGAGAGCUCCUCUUGGUCUAUGAUUACAUGCCUAAUGGGAGCCUUGACAAAUUCCUGUUUACCAAUGAAAAACCAGUCCUUGAUUGGCCUCAAAGAUUUCAAAUCCUCAAAGGAGUGGCAUCUGGUCUUCUUUACCUCCAUGAGGGGUGGGAACAAGUUGUUCUGCAUAGAGACAUAAAAGCUAGUAAUAUUCUUUUAGAUGGUGGCUUAAAUGGACGACUUGGAGACUUUGGCCUUGCUAUACUAUACAAUCAUGGUUCCAAUCCUCAAACCACCCAUGUGGUUGGGACCGUGGGCUAUUUGGCUCCAGAGCUGGCUAGAUUUGGAAAGGCAACCACUAGCACUGAUGUGUUUGCUUUUGGGGCUUUUCUGCUUGAGGUGGCUUGUGGUAGAAGGCCAAUAGAGCUCCUAGGACUUCCUGAAGAGGUAACUUUGGUAGAUUGGGUCAUUGAGUGCUGGAAAAGAGGGGAUAUUCUUGAUGCUAGUGAUCCAAGAUUGCAAGGAAAUUAUGUGAUAGAUGAAAUGGAGUUGGUUUUGAAACUAGGACUUAUCUGUUCGCACUCUGUGCCCACAAUGAGACCAAGCAUGAGGCAAGUGAUGCAGUAUUUGGAUGGUGAUGCUACUUUGCCAGAUAUACCACUAGAAAAUGCUGCUAUUGGUACAUUCAUAACAUAUAAUGAAGCCUCUGAUUUUGUAAUGUCAUUUCCUUCCACUGUUGGGAAGGGAUCUGGACGUUCCUUCACUAGCAAUGAUUCAAUCCUCACUGAUGGUCGUUGA